UAUAAACUGUGUCUAGUAAUUUAAAUGUGAGCAUGAAUUCACAUGUAAACUCCUUGUCAGGGGCGUCAGGACUGUGAGGAUUUGUCAGAGUUGUCAGGACUUGUUGGUGGUGUCAGUGUAGGAUUGUGGGAAUAGUAAUGGAUUAUGAAGACAGUGACCAAGAUUCAGGGCCAUUAGAAAAAGAUUUCCAUUGUGGAUGUUGUUAUGAAUUAAUGGUUGAUCCUACAACCUUAAACUGUGGACACAGCUUUUGCCGUUUCUGCUUAGCACAAUGGUGGCAUUCCUCAAAAAAGACAACUUGUCCUGAAUGCCGUCAGUCAUGGCUUGGAUUCCCAAAGAUUAACAUUAUUUUAAGAAAAACAAUCAAGAAAAUGUUUCCCGAGGCAUUAGAAAUGAGGCUUGAAACCGUGGAAUCAAUGGCAAAUUACAAAAAAGUUGUUGAUAAGUUUGAAGCUUUUGGAAAAAAGCGUUUAACUCAAAAGAUUGGUAACCAGGGGCAACCAGCUAAUAGAUGGAUAGUAAUUACCAAAAGUGUUGCUAUAGUAACAGCCAUUAUUGGGAUAUUCAUGUUCUUCUAUGACUUAUUUGGGGUCAUGUUUUCUUGGGACCAAGCACUUGUYCACAAACCUUUAGAGGCUUGGACACCUAAAGAUGUAUCUACAUGGGUGGCAAGUCUGGGUCCAUGGUCAAGAGCAAUAAACUCUGGAAAGUUUGAAGAAUUGGGGAUAAAUGGAAAUAUCCUGAAAUCAAUGACAGAUACUGGCUUGGAAGAUCUUCUUAAAAUAGAGAAGUCAUACUUGCGGCAAUCCCUGUUAAGUGAAAUUGAACAUAUUAAACUUCUUGGAUUUAAAGCACCCACAGAGUUUUGGGAAUACAAGACACUAUUUCCAACUCGGUGUAUGUUUUUAUUAUGGGGAUUUCGUGAAUACCCACGAGCCACCAUUAUCUAUUCCAUGGUGUUUCUACAUAGAGAAGUGUUUUUGCCUUUCCUUCUGUCAACAAGUGACCUUGAAAAUCAAAGCAAUUUUAAUCUGGAUGAAUGGGAUGAUGAAUGGUAUCCACCUUCAGGAGCCUUUGUAAGGUUUCUAGUGAGAGUAAUGAUUGCACCAUACUACCUUAUUGCCAAGUUUGCAUUCCAGUGGGUCCAUGUAAAUUCCUGGUCAGUUGGGAUAUUGGUCAUGUUUUGCACCCUCAAGACAAUCACAGAAUUACUUCAGUCUCGCUGGCUUAUUUUUGGAGGAUGGAAAAACCUACCAAGUGUCAUCUUAGAAAGCACCAAGUUAGUUCUGGUCAAUGGCACGUUUUACUUUUUCUUGUGGAAUAUCAUCCCAUCAUUUAUCACCGAUAUCAUAUUUUAUUGGCUUAUGUUUACUGCGCCGCUGAAUGCCUGGAACUCACUGACUGAAAGCUUCAACAGCACCAGACUUCAUAUGGGACCAGUAGAAAACACACCACUAGAACUUACAAAAUCAUUAGUGCUAUGGAUAUGGCAAAAAAUCACCAGGAGGUUUGAAAAUAAUCCAACAUGAAGGCUCUUUGAGUUCAUGCGAUCAAGGAGAGACAAAGUCGUUUUAUUUGCUCAGGGGGGGAGGGGUAGGGUACAUGCUUUCUAACGAUGAACAUAAGUUAAUGGAAAGAUACCCUGACAUGUGUGUCUGUAAUAUUUUCAUCUUUUCUUCACUGAGUUAGUUAUAUUARUUUUAUUGAUUGAAUGCAUGUUUGUAUGCCAUAUCAUUUUAGAGAAUUUGACUGUGAUUUUCAUCUUUUAUGAAAACAUUUUUUGAUAAAGUAAUGUUUCCAGUUCUCUAUCAGAAUUGUCCCUGAUUCAUUGACUAUAUUAUGUUUGGAAACAGAGAAGUUACUCUCAUUCUAAA